AUGAAAAUGCCUCCAGCUGCUGGUUCCCCCUCUCCUCCUCGGAGGGAUACUCCUCUCUGCUUCUGUUUCCCCCAUGUUAGUGUCAGGUUUAGUAUCGGAGGGCAACUGGUCACUGGGUCGCCGGUCAAACCGUCUGAACAUGUACCGGCCAUUGUCCACAUACACUCUUUGCAGUCUUUGGUACCUGAGUUCAAUAAUUUUGCAGAAUCGUUAGAAGAUUAUCCAGGACCUUUACUAAUUUCAGACACUCCUAAGAGUGCUGUCAUCAAGUUCUGCACUUCAAGAGCUUCAGCCGAGACUGAUCCCGACCACGCCCUUUUAUGGAAGUACCUCUCGUUGCUAUGCCAACAGAACGGGGUCGUCCUCCCCACGGAUAUUUCUGAUCUGCUGACUCAGCAGGAGAAUGAGGACAACCUCUCAAAGAGCCCUAGGGGAGUCGGAGUGGGUGGGGCUAUUGAAGAAAAGGGGUGUGGUCUGGAUGAAUUUAGAACACUCUUAUUAGCAGGUCGUAAAAAGGAUGCUCUCAAUUUGGCUUGUUCCCGUGGUCUAUGGGGCCACGCCCUCAUGCUGUCCAGUCGCAUGGAUGACCAGAGCAGAACUUACGUAGUGAACAGGUUCACUGCUUCUCUCUUGACCUCCGACCCUUUGAGUACCUUCUACACGCUCAUGUUGGGGAGACUACCCUCAGUAUCUAAACCUGAAGGAUUGUCCAGAUCCGGAGACUGGCAGUCUCAUUUGGCCAUGAUGAUCACUAACCUCAACCCAACACAAGACACCAGCUGCAUCUCUAACCUAGGGGACUCACUCUUGGCAAGGGGUCGUGUUGCAGGUGCUCAUUUCUGUUAUCAUCUCUGCAAUAUUCCGUUUGGAUCUUACGGGGACACCGAGACUUCCAAAUACUCACUGCUAGGAAUAGACCACACCAAUAUAAUGAGAGGGUGUUACCCUUCUCCUGAGGACCUGGUCAGGACUGAAGUCCUGGAGUUUGCUCUCGGCCUGAGCAAAGCUGAAUUUGUACUUCCAAACUUUCAAACUUUCAAACUGCUCCACCUUUUUAAACUGAUAGAGGCCGGACUAACCAAGAAGGCUCUCUCCUACUGCGAGUCUAUCAGCUGGUUUGUGAUUAGGAGUCCGUCCAGUUUUAACAACACAUUUCUGCAGCUGCUGACGGACUUCUCUGUUCGACUCCAUUAUGCCUCUUAUCCAUCAGGAGUGAUGGAGAAUGAGCUGCCACCUUGGAUACUGACCCUGGACCAAUCUGUUGGAGACAACAGCUUCAUGGGAGGAGUGUCCCCGGCUAAUGUCAUAUCUCGUGCCAGUCCCUCCCUCAGUUCAGCUGCUGGUUUAGCUGCAGCUGCUUCCCACCAGCCCCUCCUCCCCUCCUCUUACACCACUCAGGAGUACCUGCAGGUACCAGGGGGAGGGGCAGGGGGUGGGGCAUCAGUCCAGUAUCCUGUUCCUGAAGGAUAUUCAACGACUGUUGAACCAGUGACCGAGGUUACCACUGGUGACGCUGGUGACACUGGUCAGUAUACUGGGUACACUGCUCCAGUGGGAUACGCUGUAGCUAGUGAAGACACAACAGAUUAUACUGGAUACGUACCACCGUCCAAUGUACAGGCUACUGGAUACGUACCACCGUCCAAUGUACAGGCUACUGGAUACGUACCACCGUCCAGUGUACAGGCUACUGGAUACGUACCACCGUCCAUAGCAGAUAGUAUAGCUCAGUCCACAGUAGCUAAUACUGGAGAGCAGCUGCCAGUACCUGCCGUUACUGCUACUGAUGCGACUGGUUUUCAAGGAAUUACUGAACCACCUGCAAACCCUAACCCUAUGGUAUAUAGUACAGCAGAGCAGGAGACACUACCUGACCAGUAUGGCUCUUUAAUGAACUACCAGCAACCAUGGGCCCAGUCUUGGGACACUGGUACAUCCACUAUACCAGAGUCCCAGUCCGCUGGUAUGCAUGGAGGAGAGUCUUUGGAGAGUUCUUCUGGUCUCAUGUCCAGUAGCUCACAAGUGGACGUGGUUAGGUCUAUCCACGGGUUUAAUGGGUACAACAGCUCCAGUACUUUAAUGGGAGACAGUAGCACUGUCUUUACUGCCCCACCCACUGAUAAUAAACCACACCUACCUAGCGAAGGGAACAAAGAAAAGAGCAAUGAAAAUGAAGAAGAUGUACCUAAUAACACUAAAGAUGUUGAUAAAGAUAAAGUAGCUGCUGAUUCCAAGAGCUGGUUGGGACGUCUCAAUCCGUUCAACUUAAUACCCAAAGGACCGAAACAAGGAUACCUACCUGAUGACAAGAACCCACGGAUAAUAUUUGAUAAAGAGAAAAACCGUUGGAUUGAUUUAGAUGCUGAUGAUCAGAAUGACAGUGGACCAGCUCCACCCCCUACAGACUCUGAGUUAAAAUCAACCACUGGUAUCAGUUCUACCUCUGGAGGGGUGGGGAGGCCAGGGGGAGGGGCUAGGGGUAGGCUGGCUAAGGCUCGUUAUGUUGACGUUGCCAGAUCUAAUAAAACUCAAUCGACUGCCCCACCCCCUCCAGCCUUAGCUCCGCCCCCUGGCGGCUUAAUGCCCCUGGCUCAGGGAAUGCAGUUUAACCUGUUUGUACCAGCUCAGCCGAAUCAACAAAAUGACGGAGUAUCUAACUUUGAGACGCUAUACAAUCCUGUCCCUGUCCCAUCUACUAGUGACACUCCUCCUACUGCUACUAAUGAGUCUCUAUCUAAUACAGUGACUCCAUCAGAAGUGACUCCAUCUUCUUCUUCUCACACAAUUCAACCACAGGAACACCUCGGGCCAUCAAUGGCCGUCUCUCGCUUCCCUCCAUCACAAAACCCUCACCACAUCCCUCAGGACCAGUCCUCGUUGUCAGUUUAUCAGACACCAGCUGCUCCUGCUACUGGCCAUCAGCCCCACCUACCUCCUGCCCCGCCCCCUCAGUCCAGGACGGAGAGGAGAACAGCUUCAGAAUCCUCUGAUGUCAGUAUAGGGGUACCAGAGGCUCAGGAUAAAAUGGAGCCUCCUAAACCACAGUUUUUCAAUCCUAAUGACUUCACUAACAUGAGAAGAACAGCUGCAACUGCUCCUCAUCAAAGGAGCGAUCCUUUUCCAGACAAUGUGUCUGAUGCCAGUGUCCUUAGCGAAUUCUCACAGGAAGUUAGUCAAAUUAAUAAACAAGCUAUGAGUCGUCAGAGGUUAAGACCAGGUUCAAGACCGCGGUACCAGUAUCCUCCUAGCAGCUGGCAGCAAGGCCAGCCCCGCCCAACCCAGGCCCCGCCUCCUGGGCCUCAAGGAAACUGGUUAUAAUUUAUUGAUUAUAUUAAUUAUUAUUAUUAAUUUAAUUAAAUUAAAUUUAUACAAUUUUUAUUUUGUACUAUA